UGGAUCAAUCUCUCUCUCUCUCUCUCUCUCUCGUGCUUCUUCCAAACGAACAAACGAGACCCCGCAUCUCGAGCUCCCUCCCAUGGACUCUUCCUCGUCGCCGGCGCGGCUGCAGGCACCCGCUCGAUCCCGUGGAUCCUCCAAUGCCUCUCAGCGGUGGGGCAUCCUUCGCCACGCCGUGCUCGCUCGUUCCUCCUCGCGCGCCCCAGAAGGAACUUCUAGGGACCAGCAUAUCAAAGAUGGUACCAUCAACAUUUCAAGAAAGGCCUCACGUGGCUUUAACCUGAUUGAAUGCCAUUCAUUGCCAAUUUCGCAGCUAACAAAAUCACUUGAGAAUUCAACUGAUGGAAAUGAAAAUGAUUUGGGAUACCAAAAGGAUGUUUGUGUAUAUUAUAAGCUGCCUUGUGGAGGUUCCUCUAAACUUAAUCUAGUAUACAGAAGAGAGGAUUCCCUUGAACUAAAUGACAUGGAAGCUUCGAACAGAUACAACAUUGAUACUACUGGACUAGUAUGUUGUUGGCCAUCAGAAGAGGUCCUUGCCUACUACUGUAUUAACCACUCAGACAAGUUCAGGGCCAAGAAAGUGCUUGAACUUGGAUCUGGUUAUGGAUUGGCUGGGCUUGUUAUUGCAGCCUGUACAAAUGCUGAUGAGGUUGUUAUUUCUGAUGGAAACCCGCAAGUAGUUGGAUAUAUUCAGAAGAACAUAUCCAUCAAUGCAGAAACUUUUGGUGAAACAAAGGUUAAAUCUAUGAUACUGCAUUGGGACAAAGAGCAAGCUUCAGGAAUGUUGAAUACUUUUGACAUCAUUGUUGCAAGUGACUGCACAUUUUUCAAGCAAUUCCAUGAGAGCCUUGCCCGGACAGUCAAAUCCUUGCUGAAGCAUUCAGCAACCUCACAGGCCAUUUUCCUAAGCCCCAAAAGAGUGCACCCUUCUCGAUCUGGCGUUUGUACAACUGCUACUGGAGUAGCAUGCAUUAGUUGGCCGUGGAGUAUAACUUUGGUGCUUUGGCAGCUAUCUAUGCUUCAUCGUGGCCUGUUUGUCUAAUAAGAUAACAGCUUGCAGGCUGUUGCAAAAUCUUCAUGGUUGCUGACUGGAUGAAAGCUAUCUUCAGAGAUGCCAGCAAGGGUUCAUGGAAAACUGCCUAGCUCCUAAUGCUUUUGAACUUUGUUACGCCAGCAAGUGCGUGAUCCACAUCCUUCUGCAUCUGAGUUUAUUCAUGAGUGGAUUCAGAAUUGUUUUCAUCAUAUGUUACCUAUCUCGGUUCAUAGAACUAAGCACGUUAUAGACCUCAUGAACCUUUUUUUAUGUGAUUGCCUUUAUUUGGUCUUGAUGCAUCUGAGCAUAUCAAAUGCUCAUAGUUAUAGGGAACAAUCAAGAUACGGUGUGUAACUGAAUGAGUACUCUCUGAAGGGUCGUCAAGGCGUAGUCAUCCCAGUGAGACUUUCGGCAGU